CCGAUGCGUGCCUCUCACACCAACACUUCACACCUGUACUUCACGUCACGACCAUGUCGAAGCCUAUACUAAUCGCCGGCGGCGGCUUAGCCUCUCUUCUAUUUGCACGAUCCCUAUCCCGCGCCAAAAUUCCCUUUUUGGUCUUUGAGCGCGAUGCAUCCAUCGUAUUCCGCGCUCAAGGUUAUCGUUUGCGACUCUCGGCCGCAGGCUUAGAUGCUAUCGAGUCGGUACUGGGUCCCGAAGCAUUCCAGAACUUCUACGCAAGAUGUGGCAAAACGGGUGGCGCUGGACUGGCAUUCCUUGAUCCACUAACUGGCAAGACCUUGAGCGAGAAACCCGCUGGCGGUCCCGGGUCCGAACCAUUGGCAUCUCGGGAUGGCAAGGUGGUGGGCAUUUCCCGCGGGGACAUGAGAGCCUUGUUUCUGGAGGGACUGGAAGACCGCGUGCGCUGGAGCCACCAAGUCAAGAGCUACGAAUUGACGGGCGAGGGCGUGCGCGCUGUGUUUGCAGAUGGAACCAAGUCGGAGGAGGGAUCCAUGCUGGUUGGCGGUGAAGGCGUCAACUCUAAGAUAUCAAAGCAACUUUCAGGUGGACGAAUCAAGGUAUACGACUUGGGUUCGCGCGGCAUCCACGGACAAGCCCCUACCACAGCCUUCAAAGGUUUGGGCGAAGGUGUUUUCCUCAUGAACGACGACAAAUCACACCCUGAAGGCAAGGUUUUCUUAAUCACCAACGUACGCCCAGAAGAGAUGAACGACCCUAAUGUGGAGUUUGGAUGGACGCUGGGAGGUUCCCCUGGAGUAAUUCAAGCCCCCAACGAUGAUUUUUCCAUCAUAGGAAAGCCUGCGGCAGAUAUUGCCAAAUCACUUACAGCUUCGUGGAGUGAGCGCAUCAAGCCAUUGCUCGACAACAUGGUUGAAUCCGAAGCAGCAUUCUGGAAAAUAACGUGCUCUUCUCCAGAAGGGGUGCCCGAGUGGCCCAAUGAACCGCGGGUCACUCUGCUCGGAGAUGCGGUCCAUGCAAUGACGCCCGCAGGUGGCAAUGGUGCGAACACUGCCUUGCGAGACUCAGCACUGCUGGGAAGAUUGAUAGUUGAAGCCGGCGGCUACAAGGAGGGUAUUACGGAGGCUUAUGAAAAGGAGAUGAGAGUAUAUGCCAGCCAAGCUGUCAAGGAGAGCUACGGUCAGGCCUACAAACAGUUUGGUGCGCGCGAUAUUGAUAGCUCAACCCCGACACUCUGAGUGGAUUUUUUCCAGAUGUGUUUCGGUUGAGUGUCGCUUAGUCUUCCACGAUAUCAUAGCUUGCGAGAUGAUUGAACAUCAUAGAUCCCUAAUACAAAUUCCGUCUUGAUAAGUUCCCGUUCAAUCACCUUUUUUGCAAUUUGUUGACAUUUGGCACUUUCGAGGAGAAUAGUCAAGUAUCAGUGAUCAUGAAGCUACCUAUGUCAGCUCUCCUCAUGUUCAC